GUAGCUGUCCACAACAACUGUCGGAGCCCCUCUACCCUUUUCUCGCCAAUUCUCACCAACCAACACCAAACAUUAUGGCUAUCCAUUAUUUGAUUCUCCUGUCGAGACAGGGCAAAGUGCGUCUUGCCAAAUGGUUUACCACUCUGUCCCCGAAGGAUAAGGCCAAGAUCAUCAAGGAUGUGACUCAGCUUGUGCUCUCGCGCCGGACGCGGAUGUGCAACUUCCUUGAGUACAAAGACUCCAAAGUCGUCUACCGUCGUUAUGCCUCCCUCUUUUUCAUCGCCGGAUGCGGCUCGACCGACAACGAGUUGAUCACCCUCGAGACCGUUCACCGAUACGUCGAACAGAUGGACAAGUACUACGGCAACGUCUGCGAGCUCGAUAUCAUUUUCAAUUUCCAAAAGGCAUACUUUAUUCUGGACGAACUCCUGCUGGCGGGAGAGAUGCAAGAAAGCAGCAAGAAGAAUGUUUUGCGGUGCAUAAGUCAACAGGACAGUUUGGAAGACAUGGAGGUGAGUUCGUCACCUUGAUGUUGUGUCCCUCGUUGCCCGCACAUGCACUAGGACAAGCUGGCAAAGCACCUGUCAAACUUGCCUUGCAGCUUGUGUGUUUUGUUGGUCUGUCCGUCCAGCGUUCUCGUUCUUUCUUUGACCCAGUCUCAUCCCUAAUACUCCCCUGCUGCUAUCCCGGUACCUACAACUGCACGUCCCCUACCUCCCAUAACACCAAUCCCACUGCCAAUCUGUCCACCGGAGCACGUGUCAACAUGAGCUAAUACCACUGGUCCCUCAGGUUGAGGAGGACGUGGUUACGAAGAUCAUGUAGAGGCUUUUGAUUGUUCAUAUCCAGCGGCUCCUGUGUUCUGCGCUUGUUUGAUUUGAUUUUGUUUCGAGAUUGCAGACUGUAUACUGCCAUUGGGGCAUGGGCUACAUAGGCGUUGUCUUCUAUUUCUACUACUACUUGUGAUUUCAGACUAAUUAAUACGACAUUGACUACCAAUUCAGGAUCCCGAUGAAGUGAUCGCCAACCU